UUUCUGUGUGUUUUUGGUAGAUGAGAGAGUGGGCUUAUUUCUAAUCCUAAACUCUUCAACGAGGUUUAAUUUGGGUUCGUGGUUAGAAUUUGAACCCAUAUUCGGAAUGUUGUCAGCACGCUCAAUUACCUACUGGCAGAUAGAGAUCGAGCUGGACCUGGACCAAGGCCUGGGUUUUUCCUGUACCCAGAGUCCAGGUCCAGACAUUUUUGACCUUCCUGGGUUUUUCCUAGGCCUGGGUUUUUCAUGACUACAGGCCCAUGAUCCAGCCUAGGUCAAUGAAUCAAACCCCAAGUCCAAGAACAGGUCCAGGCUUUUCAAAAAUCUCUAUCUCCGCUGGCAGACUUCAGAAAUAUCGAAAGAGCACUUCCUGCUCAUUUUUUUCUAGGGGCAGUAAAGCAGAAGAUAACCAAUUUUCUAGUAAUUUUCUGAAUUUACACUUUUUUCAGGAAGAAAAUCGCCCAUUAAGAAACAAACGAAGACCAUUACCAGCACCUUUUGAUUUGGAUCGAAUAAAAGCAAUAGGUGGAGAAGUAACCAAUGAUGGUGAUUUUUAUAUUUUUGAAAGUAGCCAUUAUAGACGUGGAUUUCUUUACAAAGCUUUUCCAAUGAAUUCAAUAAUAGUUGAUGGAGUUCGACCAUCACUUACGGAACUGGAGCAUUUUCAAGAUUCAGCGGAAGAUUUGAAAAAAGAAUGUAAAUAAAAAAAAUUUUUUUAAGGGUUGGAUUUAGGGAAGCCACGGGGUUGAUGAAAGGGCGGGUCAGAUUUUGAAUCAAAAA